AUGUCAUUGAGUCAGUCAGUUCAAGCCCUCUUUCACAGUCAUAAUAUCUGCCGUAGAAACCUUGAUAUCGAGCGUCCCAGCUACACCAACCUUAAUAGGCUGAUAGGUCAGAUUGUGUCCUCCAUUACUGCCUCCCUGAGAUUUGACGGCGCCCUGAAUGUUGACUUAACUGAGUUUCAGACCAACUUGGUGCCAUAUCCACGUAUCCAUUUUCCUUUAGCAACUUAUGCUCCUGUGAUCUCUGCUGAGAAAGCUUACCAUGAGCAGCUCUCAGUGUCUGAGAUCACUAAUGCUUGCUUUGAGCCAUCUAAUCAGAUGGUCAAAUGUGACCCACGUCACGGCAAGUACAUGGCUUGCUGCCUGUUGUACCGUGGUGAUGUUGUACCUAAAGAUGUAAAUGCUGCUAUUGCCACCAUAAAGACCAAGCGCAGCAUUCAAUUUGUGGACUGGUGUCCAACUGGUUUCAAGGUUGGUAUAAACUACCAGCCCCCUACCGUUGUACCUGGUGGUGAUUUGGCCAAGGUGCAGCGAGCGGUGUGCAUGCUAAGCAACACCACUGCUAUCGCGGAGGCUUGGGCCAGACUUGAUCAUAAGUUCGAUCUGAUGUACGCUAAGCGUGCCUUUGUGCACUGGUACGUAGGUGAAGGUAUGGAGGAGGGCGAGUUCUCUGAGGCUCGAGAAGACAUGGCAGCCCUGGAGAAAGAUUAUGAGGAGGUGGGUGUAGAUUCAGUCGAGGGAGAAGGAGAAGAGGAGGGAGAGGAGUAUUAGAUUUCCUUCAUUUUCAUGCAUCCUCCAGAAUGAAAAUGAAUAGCAGGUAGCCUCUAGACCGAAAAUUUCACAAGCUUAAAAAAUGGCAACUGACAUAACAGUCUACUUACUUGGUGUUAGUUUGAAUGUUAGUUUAAUUUGCCGACAAAUAUUGUAAUGAAAAAUUAUUGUGGAUAUUCUGUGUCUCAAUAAAAAGCUUAAAAUAAA